UUAUCUCAGUGAAAUUUCCUGUGUAUGCAACUCUCUUGCUCCUUCUGUCUCAGGGUUGCUCUGAGUACGCAUGUAAGACACAGGAGAGAAAAAUCCUGGAGAAGGGCUAGCUCCAAUUUCAGUGAGUGAAGAUGGAUGUUUACCACAGUCAUUCAACGGACAGUGUGUGGAAGGGCUGGGUGCUGCCAAUCGCUCUCUACUUGGCUUUCUACCAAGAACAGACAACAGCUUUCAUGAUCACCACUCCUUACUCACUCUACGUCUGCCCAGAAGGACAGAAUGUUACCUUGACAUGCAAGCUCUCUGGGCCACUCUCUGCUCAGCAUGACUUACUUUACAAAAUUUGGUACUUCAGCAGCAACGGAGACCAAAGCUGCUCUGAGAAGCAACAUAUCCGCAAUGUAACCGAAAGGGACCUGCAUCAUGAGCCAGGGAAGCAUCAUGGGACACAUAGCAAUGUCACAGAAAGGUACUUCCGUGGAGAACAAGCAAACCACCAUGGGCUGGAGACCACCUCGGACCACCACGGGACAUUUCAUAUCAUCAUGAUGAAUCUGACUCUGCAGGACAGUGGCAAUUACUGCUGUUACGUGGUAGAGACUAAAAAGGAACAUGGCAAACAGUAUACCAAGCAAGUGGCUCAUGGCUUCAUGGAACUCCGCAUACAGAAAGCCAGAGAAGCAUUUCCAAACUGCACAGUUCAUCCUGGUGCCAGCAAACAGAAAGAAAACAUCACAGCAGCUGCUCUGGCAACAGGGGCAUGCAUUGUGGGCAUUCUCUGCUUGCCCCUUAUCCUGAUUCUCAUUUACAAGCAGAGACAAGCAGUCAACAGCAGGCGUGCUCAUGAACUUGUAAGAAUGGAGAGUAAUGCUCAAGGCAUUGAAAACCCUGUCUUUGAGGCUGUUUCAUCCACAAAUACAGAGUCCAGGCCCAAGCCGCAGAUGACAUACAUUGCCAGCCGUCAGCAGUCAGAAUCAGGCCGGCACCUUCUCUCAGAACCAAACACUCCGCUGUCUCCUCCAGGCACAGGGGAUUGUUUCUUCCCAACACUGGGGGGUUCUCACCAGCCAGUGAGUCUCUGCAGUGCUCGAGUUCCAGGUGUGGACUAGCAAUGUCAAACUGGUGGACAUACUCGUCAGUCCAUUAUCCCUGCCCCCAGAGUAUCCCCAUAUUAAUCUCCCAGAGCCGGCCUGACAUUUCACACCCUGUUACUACUAACAUAGUAGAUGCUGUUACACAUAGGGAAAGCUAACUGAACUCAAUACCUGCUAGAGAAAAAAAAAUCCUGCCAGUUUCCCUAAGAAAUGUUGCCUCUAGGAGAUUUUAAAUUGUGAGCCAUGGAACAUUAGGGACUGACCCAAAGCCCAGUGAAGUCAAUGGAAGUCUUUCCAUUAACUCCAACAAUGUGCUUUGGGUCAGGUCCUUAGUUCCCUUUCCCUGCCGCCUUUGCACCUGGUGACAUUUGGCUGAAUCAUUCUGCUAAAGGUGCCUGCAAACGGCAAUGUAUACCCCCAGCAACUUGGAUCUUCUAGAGACUUGUCUAUAAUGGGGGAAGAAUUUUCUGUUAAGCACAUAAAAUCACAGCUACAGAAGUGUCCAGUGAGCUCCACAUCCAUAAAUAACCUCCAAAAAUUAACAGACUUGUCUCUCCUUUUCAGAGCCUGUUCCUGAUUCUCCAAAUUCCAUGAAAGUAUAAAAUUACUGAAGAACAACAACUUUCACUGAAUUUGUUGUCAGCAAUAUGGAAGAAGCUUUGGCUAUUGCUGAAGCAAAGGCUUUAAAGGCAAGGCCACUUUUGAGGGGGAAAAAAUGACAGACACUUUCUCUAGCAUUCAGUGCUUCCCCUGGCACCUCAAAUUCAUCGCUGCGCUCAUCUUCCUUAGAAAGGUUUCAGAGUAGCAGCCGUGUUAGUCUGUAUUCGCAAAAAGAAUAGGAGUACUUGUGGCACCUUAGAGACUAACAAAUUUAUUUGAGCAUAAGUCUCUCGUUGGAGUUUGUUUUUGAAGUUUUUUUGUUGAAGAAUUGCAACUUUUACGUCUGUAAUCGAGUGACCAAAGAGAUUGAAGUGUUCUCCAACUGGUUUUUGAAUGUUAUAAUUCUUGAUGUCUGAUUUGUGUCUAUUUAUUCUUUUAUGUAGAGACUGUCCAGUUUGACCAAUGUACAUGGUAGAGGGGCAUUGCUGGCACAUGAUGGUAUAUAUCACAUUGGUAGAUGUGCAGGUGAACGAGCCUCUGAUAGUGUGGCUGAUGUGAUUAGGCCCUAUGAUGGUGUCCCCUGAAUAGAUAUGUGGGCACCGUUGGCAAUGGGCUUUGUUGCAAGGAUAGGUUCCUGGGUUAGUGGUUCUGUUGUGUGGUGUGUGGUUUCUGAUGAUUAUUUGCUUCAGGUUGGGGGGCUGUCUGUAAGCAAGGACUGGCCUGUCUCCCAAGAUCUGUGAGAGUGUUGGGUCAUCCUUCAGGAUAGGUUGUAGAUCCUUGAUGAUGUGUUGGUUUUAGUUGGGGGGUGAAGGUGAUGGCUAGUGGCGUUCUGUUAUUUUCUUUGUUGGGCCUGUCCUGUAGUAGGUGACUUCUGGGUACUCUUCUGGCUCUGUCAAUCUGUUUCUUCACUUCAGCAGGUAAGUAUUGUAGUUGUAAGAAUGCUUGAUAGAGAUCUUGUAGGUGUUUGUCUCUGUCUGAGGGGUUGGAGCAAAUGCGGUUGUGUCGUAGAGCUUGGCUGUACACAAUGGAUCCUGUGGUGUGGUCUGGAUGAAAGCUGGAGGUAUGUAGGUAGGAAUAGCGGUCAGUAGGUUUCCGGUAUAGGGUGGUGUUUAUGUGACCAUCGCUUAUUAGCACCAUAGCGUCCAGGAAAUGGAUCUUUUGUAUGGACUGGUCCAGGCUGAGAUUGAUGGUGGGAUGGAAACUUCAAAAACAGAAUCUAACAAGAGACUGCUGAAUUGGAAUUAAUUUGCAAACUGGAUACAAUUAACUUAGGCUUGAAUAGAGACUGGGAGUGGAUGGGUCAUUAUACAAAGUAAAACUAUUUCCCCAUGUUUAUUCCCCCCCUCCAUCCACCACUGUUCCUCAGACAUUCUUGUCAACUGCUGGAAAUGGCCCACCUUGAUUAUCACUACAAAAGGUUUUUUUCCUCCUGCUGGUAAUAGCUCACCUUAAGUGAUCACUCUCUUGUUACAGUGUGUAUGGUAACACCCAUUGUUUCAUGUUCUCUAUGUAUAUAAAUCUCCCUACUGUAUUUUCCACUGAAUGCAUCCGAUGAAGUGAGCUGUAGCUCACAAAAGCUUAUGCUCAAAUAAAUUUGUUAGUCUCUAAGGUGCCACAAGUCCUCCUUUUCUUCUUCCUUAGAAAGUUUCUUAAGAAAAAAAACAAGAAAGAAAGAAAAAAAGAUCACCACAACUAUUGAAACUCUUGCUGUUUUUUCUUCACUGCACAAGGAAGCUUACAAUUUAAUGACCAAUACAUUGCUAAACUCACUGUUGGUGUGCAGUUCCCCACACCAUGCUUACUUACAACACUGGCACCUAGAGCAGAAAUAAGAAGAUGACUUAUUAAACUGGAGGGAGAGGCUGAACAAAAAAAGAAGCCUUACAAACUGAACUGGAGUGUGAGAACCACUCUCCACAUUCUAUAUGCCCCACCCCAAUGGAAAUUUCUGAAGAGGAAAACAAGUCCUUCUUCAAUGGGUUUAGAUUUUUGCUACCUACUUCCUUAGAGAUGUAUGUGUGUGUGUGUGUGUGUGUGUGUGUGUGUGUGAUGCCAUUGCAUAGAAACUGUAUGGUGUGUUUAUAACUUGUGUCCCUGUCUGAAAAGAUGUAUGACAGGAAGAUUUGUAAGAAAAAUGAUAUCAGCUGCCAGCUACAAUAUCUAAAGGAUAAGAAGUCAUUCAGAAAUAAAAGACUGGCUUAAGUCAUGGAGUUUGGAUCUGGAUUCAAAUCGAGAUCCAAACUUUUCAAAAGUUCAGGAGUGCACGGGGAAUCACUGCUUUGAUUCAAUCCUAUUGUAGAGAUGGACCUGAGCUGUGGAGUUUGGACCUAGAUUCAGAUUCCAACUUGCCUGAAGUCCAAGUGGGUAGGAAUCUGGUUUUCCAGUCUGAGCCCAUCUCUAUUAGAAAUGUGGCAAACAUCUCACAGACAGCCUGAGUCAGAGAGAGACCAACCACACCAGUAAACAUUUCAAGUGGUUUAACUUAUUAGCAUGAUUUAAUCUGUGUUAUGUUCCUCUGUUUUCAUCUGGGACUAUGUGAGUGACCACACCAAAUACCCAUAGGCAGAGUACCUCAGAAACUCUGCAAGCAUUUAGUGUUUUGGAAUUGUCUCCUGUGGGAUUGCUAGGAGAACUAACACACACUGUUCGAUAACAGACUCCAGUUAGAGGUGCACACAUGAGAACCAGCUUGAAUUAAAGUAAUGUGUGUUCAGCAGAGGUCUCAUGGAGGGGGUCAGAUGACUAUUGGCAGGUCAUAUAAUAAUUUUAAAAGCUGCAGUCAUGAACGUGGUGAUAACCAUUUUCAGAUUUGUUACUCUGAGUUCCUUAACAUGGCUGAAAAAGGUGCAAUGUGGAAAGGGCUAAGGAGAUUUGAGAAACAGAGAGAACACUACGGAGAAAACGGUUUUUGUCCAAGGGUCACCUGCCCUGUUUGGCGUAGAUGUACAAUAGGAAUGCAUGAGUCUCAACGAAACCAUAACAUAACCUUUCUGUAAAUGACCCAGCUUUGUGAGAGUUUCAGGUGUGGUAUAGACUGGUCAUGGAAAAAAAUAUACACUGCCAAGCAUGAAUGAAGACCUGAGUUUGAGUGCUGGGCCAUGAUGGCUCACAGAUAAGGGACAGAUCCUGAUCCAAUCCUCUCCCAUUGUCCCUCUCAUAUUCCCUCAGAUGGGACAGCAUGUCAGUUAUUCUACCACAUGUUAAUGAUGCCAGCUUGGAACUAUGCAACCAAAGAGUCCCACCAUCAGUAGAUUGAGGCAGCAGGGGAGGGGUGGGCAGAAGGGAAUGGAAAAGGGUCUCGUCCUACUGUGGGAAUCACACCAACACUUUUUCAGUGUAGCCAAGAACUUUUGAUGCUUUCAUUCUGAGGCCAGUUUUUAAGCUGGAUUAGAACCCAUCCAUCUCUAUUAGAGAAUCAUUCCAGCUGGCAGCUUCAGUCUCAGCCUGGGAGCAGAAUAUUUCAUUUUCCUACUUUUUAAAAAAAAUCAUAGGCAUUGAUGAAAAAUAAUCAAGAUUUUGAUGCUUUAAAAAACACCCCCCCCCAGUUGUAACAUAAAAACAUUUAAAAAAAAAAAAAAGAACCCUUUCCAGGUGAUAGGUCUCAUGGCAAAGGCUGAUGGGAGGCGAGAAGGGGCCCAUUUGGUACUUUGUAAAGUUUAGAAACUUCUUUCAACUGUGGAGAAAGACAUGCAGCUUGGAUCUGAGCUGUCCCCUAUACCUUUCAUACUAUGAGGAAGGUGGAAAAGUAGAGUGGGAACCAUCUGUUUAAAAGCGUAUUUUACAUUUUGUUGCCAAGAGAUUCCCCUCAGCAGGUUUCCUCAGUGUUCCCCAGUUCAGAGGAAUGCCAGCGAGUCUCCGUCUCCCACCUAGACGCUAUCCUCCCUGCCACCUAGCACAGAGAAGCAAGUCACAGGAGGGAAACUUUCUAGGAGUCUCUGCUCCCUGACACCCUCAGGUGCCAUCUAUAGGCUGGGCUGAAGAUGACCAGAGGGAAAACGGAGUUCCAGUAAGAUCAUAAUAUGUAACUUACACAAACCACCACCAAAAUACAGAACACAAAUAGUGUUCCUGAAAUGAUUUCAAAAUCAGCAACAUGACUCCCACAGUGUCUGAUGUCAUGCCCAGCUGACUGCCAUGUCAGAAUCGCACAGCUACGGCUUACCAGCAGACGUUAAAAAUAAAAAAAAUCUAAAAAGAGAAGAGAAUAUGCUCCUGGGUAGAUUUCCAGCCUACUAACAAGUCUGGAAAAGUUUAGACCUGAAAGCUACUUGUUGUGAUGAUUGUGUCAUUAUUGUGACUCAUUGGUUGUCAUCGUGUGUGGGCUGGCUUCAGGCCAUUAGGAAUCCAGCUACUGUGCCAGCUGUGUUUUAUCUCACCUUAUGUUAGAUAACCAUCCUGAGAUGAUCCCGACUAGCACCCCGUGUAACUGACUACCUUAUCUAUGCAGCCAUCACAGCCCGGCAGUCAUCAUAACAACCUGGGAUGAGCAAAACGGCUCUUCAACACUCCAAACACAUGACAGGAUAAAAUCUUGCGGCAGAAACUGCUACCUAAGAGUUUGAUUAAUUUCAGGAAAAAAAUCUCAGAUUAUUUAAAUAGACUGAAACUAUAAGGCCUGUUACUAGUACAUCAUGGUACACCACAGCAAAAAGAUGCUUCUGAACCACAUUGUCUGUCUGUGUCCAUCUGAGAAGCUGCAGCCUUUCAGAACUUCCACAGUCCUUCUCUUUGUUAACAGGGUGAUACUUGAUGGUACAUGGCUAGGGGCAAAAUCUGCUAAUUCCUUUAGUGGGCUCGUUUUAGAGGUACCUCAUGUAAAGAUGCCCAUUGAGAAAACCUGAAAAUCUGUGUGAAAGCUGAAAUCUUCUAUUGAUUAGCAAAAUUCUCUGCAUGAUCAUCACCAGUCUUGUGGAUCCCACAGCAUGGGGACAUCAGCAUGACAAGUGUUUAAAUAUCUGAUUCGGGGAUCUAUUUGUUUAGUGGGUCCAUUCCUGUGUCAGCUGUUAACUGCUUCCCUGCUGAGCAGUGCACUGGAUAAUUCUGAGAAACAAGCCCUUGCAUGGCUAGAGAUUUAAAAAAGAAGCAAAUGAGAAGCCUUGGGAGCAUGGAGGCCUUGCACAAACCAGCUGCCACUGGUCUCAAAAGUUACAAAAUAACCUCCUGGUUGCAGAAGGUACCCAGCUGUGUGCUUCCACCCACUGACUUGCUCCCACUCAAGUUUCUGUUCAAAGGCUUCACUAGCUAUCUAAAUUCCCAACUCUCCUCCCUGAGCAUGUGGGAAGCGUGCAAAGGCAUGAUAAUGUCUCUGCCUUCAAAAGGAAGACAUGAACCUGAUGGGAACAAUGCACGACUAAAGAACUAUGUAUCAGAUCUGGAAAAGUGGCUCUCAAUACUGCUUUUCAGUUUUAAUGUUGAUAUUCUAUUUUAAAAAAAACAAACAAAACCUCCCCCCAACCACCUUCUCUCCAUGGCCAGCAUAAAAUGCUCACAUUGUGUGUCUCCUGAGACCACUGACAGCAGGGCGGCAUGUUUAGAGAUUGAAGGGGGGUGAAGCGAGUAAAACUAAGGGAAUGGUAUAGGAGAUAAUCAACUGCUUUGGACUAUUUGUACAUUCUGAUUGCUGUGACAUUUUCUCCAGAUUUGUAUGCAUUUGUUUAUAAAAAUACUGAUUGAUGAUACAAUAAAGUUUUAUUGGAAA